UGCUUCCUCCAGCUCCAGCAGAACAAACAGCACAUUCAUGAGCAGUCAGUCAGUCAGUCAGUCAACAGUUUAGUACCUCUGGAGAAUUCACUUCUUUUUCUCUGAAUGUCACAUUUGUUCAAACGCGCCUCAUACAAUGAGGAUUAUAAUCUGGAGCAUCGUGAGCACCUUUCUGUUCAGCGUCAUUUUUACGCAACGACGUCGAAGACCAGUUUUCACAUGUGGCGGGAACUUUACUGGAGACACAGGACUGAUUGGAAGUCAGGGGUACCCCGGUGUUUAUCCACCCAACAACAAAUGUGUGUGGAGAAUUACAGUCCCUCAGGGGAGGGUCGUGUCCCUCUUGUUCCGAGUUCUGGAUCUUGAGAGUGAUAGUCUCUGCAGAUACGACUUUGUUGAUGUAUACGAUGGCCACAUCAACGCGCAGCGUCUCGGCCGCUUUUGUGGUACCGCCAAACCCCGAGCACUGGUCACCAAUGGAAACAAGAUGCAAGUGGUCAUGGUGUCGGACGCCAACACAGCUGGGAGUGGUUUCCUUGCUGCAUACUCAGCGAUCCGCCCAAAUGAAAGAGUUGACCGGUACUGCGGGGGUCUUCUAGACAAACCCUCUGGGACAAUAAAGACCCCUAACUGGCCAGAUAAAGACUACCCACCGGGAGUAAUGUGUUCCUGGCAUAUUGUUGCUCCUCUAGACCAGAUCAUUGAGCUGAAGUUUGAGAAGUUUGAUGUGGAGAGAGACAGCUACUGCCGCUACGACCAUGUGGCUGUGUUUAAUGGGGGAGAAACUAAUGAGACACGUAAGAUCGGCAAGUUCUGCGGAGACAGCCCACCCAAGCCAAUUUAUUCAGACGGCCAUCAUCUCCUCAUAACGUUUCUCUCCGACCUGAGUCUGACUGCUGAUGGAUUCAUCGGCCAUUACCGCUUUAAAUGGAGGAGUCCCAGCACAGCCAGCGCCCCUCUGACCCCCGCGGGCACCAUAUCACCCAGCACACCACCCGCAGCUCUUACAUAUUCAGAAGAACUUUGCAAGCAGAAAUGUAAAAGGACUGGAACAAUUGAAAGUCAUUACUGCUCGAGUAACUUUGUGAUUACGGCCACUCUUAUCUCAGCAGCCAUGAGGGAGCAAAGCGUUCUUGCCACUUUUUCCAUCAUGCACCUUUAUAAAGAAGGAAAUUUAGCCAUCCAACAAGCUGGGAAAACCAUGAGCACUAAAGUCACAGUCCUCUGCAAACAAUGCCCGCUGGUCAGAAGAGGGCUCAACUACAUAGUCAUGGGACAGACCAAUGAACACGGACAAGGCGUUAUUUCCCCUUAUAACUUUGUGAUGCUCUUCAAAACCAAGAAGCAACAGGAUUUGGCCGUGCUGAAAAAUAUACGCUGCUGAUGUGCACAGGUGACCAAAGCCAUGCCUGGAUUUCUUUGACAAACCAUUCACUUGAUGUACACACAGCUAAUAACAUUCAUACUUGAAGGACUCUUUCAGUAUUAACUGAAACGCAGUGUCUUUUACUACACACAACACGAAAAGAUUCCAGCGACAAGCAAUUUGUCUGUUUCGACAUGACAGAAACAUUUUAAUACCAGCCACUGCAGUCAUUAACAUUGCAUUCUUCAGUAUUUAAAGUAUCUGGCUACAGAGUGACUGGUGUUGUUGGUUUCAUUUCAAACUUUCAUUUUCAAAACGUUU